AUGUCUACCAAGGCUCUUAUUCUCGUUGGAGGCGGUACCCGAGGAACUCGAUUCCGACCUCUGUCUCUGGACACUCCUAAGGUUCUCUUCCCCGUUGGAGGCAAGCCCAUCCUCAGCCAUGCAGUCGACGCCGUGGCUUCCCUCAAGGAUGUCAAGGAGGUUCUCCUCGUUGGUUUUUAUGAGGACUCUGUCUUUUCCCAGUUCAUUGCUGACACCAAUAAGCAGUACCCCAACCUCAGCAUCAAGUACCUUCGAGAGUACAAGGCUAUGGGCACUGCCGGUGGUCUCUACCACUUCCGAGAUGUCAUUCUCAAGGGUAACCCCUCCCGAUUCUUCGUCAUCCAUGCUGAUGUCUGCUGUUCUUUCCCCCUCAAGGAGAUUGAGGAGUUCUACGAGGAGAAGAAGGCCAAGUAUGUCAUUCUUGGCACCACUGUCCCUGCUGCUGUCGCCAACAACUUUGGUGCCAUUGUUACCGACCCCGAAACUCAGCGAGUUAUCCAUUACGUUGAGAAGCCUGAGUCUCACAUUUCCAACCUGAUCAAUGCUGGUGUUUACCUUUUCGACCAGACCAUCUUCGACACUAUCGCUGCUGCUAAGAAGGUGCGAGAAGAGAAGGCCCAGGAUCCCUCUUUUGUUGGUGAGGGCGAUGAGGACCACCUCCGACUUGAGCAGGAUAUUCUCGUCCAGCUCCCUGCUACUGACGCUUUCUACGCCUACGAGACCAAGGACUUCUGGCGACAGAUCAAGACCGCUGGCUCUGCUGUCCCCGCCAACGCGCUUUACCUGCAGCAGGCUUUUCAGGCUGAUCCCAAGCAGCCCGGUCUUCAGGCUCCCUCUGCCAACAUUGUGCCUCCUGUCUACAUUGAUCCCUCUGCCAAGAUCGACUCUACUGCCAAGCUCGGCCCCAACGUGUCCAUCGGUCCCCGUGCCGUGAUCGCCGCUGGUGCUCGAAUCAAGGACUCUAUUGUUCUCGAGGGUGUCGAGGUCAAGCAUGAUGCCGCCGUGUUCCACUCUAUUCUUGGUCGAGGAUGCAAGAUUGGAUCCUGGGCCAGAAUCGAGGGAUCCGCUGUUGCUCCCAACGACCACUCCGAGACCCUCGUUAAGGAUGGCGCCAAGAUCCAGUCUGUGACCAUUCUCUCUUCUGACGUUAAUGUCUCCGAGGAGGUGCAUGUUCAGAACACUAUCGUUCUUCCCCACAAGGACAUCAAGAACGAUGUUGUGAACGAGGUGAUUAUGUAA